AUGACACUGCUGUCCAGCAUGGGAGAUACUUUCCUGAGAAAACGCUUCUGCUGUCUCACUCUUUUCCUCCUUGCCAUGGAGGUUGCCAGUCCAGCUCAUCUACAAACACAAUUCCAAGAUUCUGAAGACAUUUUCCCUCCACUCUGGCAUUCAGUGCCUGAAAACUUUGAAGAUUAUCCCAUCCAAAAUCACAAGAUUGUCAUCAAUGUCUGGAACUACUUAGAGAGAAUGGGAAUGUAUAAGAUCUUGCUCAAAUCUUCAGCUAAAUAUUUCCGUGAACUUGGACCUAACAAUCUCAACAAUAUCUUAUGGGGAUUGCCAUUACAGCAUGGCUGGCAGUACAGUUCAGGCAGAUUAGCAGAUCCUUUAAAUACUACAGGCUGUGGCCAUAAGGACGGAGACAGUCUAUGUGUAUCUGAAUUCAGCUGGUGGGCUUGUAUGAAUUAUUAUUUGGCAGCUAUUCCCUUUCUUGGGGCACUGGAUAGUGACUUCUUUGAAGAGCUACCAAAUGAGGUAGAAUUAAUUCCACCAGAUGAGCAAAGAGUACAUUUCUGCCUCAACAUUGCUGACUGUAAUACCCAGGUGCCAAAAGUGAUGUCUGCCUGGAAGGAUUUCUUCAAGUAUCUCCUAUCUACUGCACCAAACUCUGAAACAGCUACAAGUCUUAUUUUCUCAGAAGAUGAAGCCUUGGGUUUUAUGUGGAGAGCUCAUACUCUCUCUAUUACUUCUGCAUUUCAGAAGUGUAAAACAAGUCUCUCAUACCUCAGUGGACCUGAAAGCAGAUUUGGAGAGGCCUGGUCUUCCACAGUUCAUUUCAUUGCAGCCACACAUUUUCCUACAAACUUUAAUGUUACAAAUAAUUUCCAGACUGGAUUACCACCUCGAAUACUUUUGGAAGGAGACAAAGUGCCCUUCAUUGGUGACUUCACACCUCUGCAGAAUAAAGUGCUUUUUCUUCUUGAGAGUCUUCAUACCACAAAUAAGAAUACAGGGAAUAUGCUAUUGCUUUUAUGGAAAAAAGCCAUGUCCACUGAAAAAGGAAGACGUUUUGGUCGAAGUCUUAUUGAAAAGGUCUUUUCUACCCCUUCUGUGAAAUAG